UAUACGACGUUCCUUUGCUAUCUGAAACCUCUCUCUAGAAUUUUUUUCUUCUUCCGCCUUUUUUGUUCUCUCUCCUAGGGUUUUCGUCCACUGCUAACAGUCUCCUGAGGCUUUUUCCAACGAAGAUUCUACUCGAGCUUCGCAUCUCAGCCAUGGCGGCCGAGAAGUUAAGGGACUUGAGCCAACCGAUUGACGUCGCUCUCCUCGAUGCCACCGUCGCUGCAUUCUAUGGCACCGGAUCUAAGGAAGAGAGAGCUGCUGCUGACCACAUUUUGCGGGAUUUGCAAGCCAAUCCAGAUAUGUGGCUUCAAGUGGUUCACAUUCUACAAAACACAAAAAAUAUGAAUACCAAGUUCUUUGCCCUUCAGGUCCUAGAAGGUGUAAUAAAGUAUAGAUGGAAUGCUCUGCCUGUUGAGCAACGAGAUGGAAUGAAAAAUUACAUCUCCGAAGUCAUUGUACAGCUUUCCAGUAAUGAUGCGUCUUUCAGAUCGGAAAGGCUUUAUGUCAACAAACUAAAUAUCAUUUUGGUUCAGAUUGUAAAGCAUGAGUGGCCAGCUAGGUGGAGAAGUUUCAUCCCUGAUCUUGUUGCAGCUGCUAAAACCAGUGAAACCAUCUGCGAGAAUUGCAUGGCUAUUUUAAAACUUCUAAGCGAGGAGGUUUUCGAUUUUUCGAGAGGAGAGAUGACUCAGCAAAAGAUUAAAGAGCUGAAACAAUCUCUGAAUAGCGAGUUUCAACUCAUUCAUGAGUUAUGCCUGUAUGUUCUCUCAGUUUCCCAAAGGCCAGAGCUUAUACGUGCUACUCUGUCUUCUCUGCAUGCUUAUCUUUCUUGGAUUCCCUUGGGCUAUAUCUUUGAGUCUCCUCUGCUGGAGACCCUCCUUAAAUUCUUUCCUCUUCCAGCAUAUAGGAAUCUCACUCUUCAAUGUUUGACGGAGGUUGCAGCUCUUAAUUUUGGGGACUUCUACAACGUUCAAUAUGUCAAGAUGUACAACGUAUUCAUGUCACAGUUGCAGGCAAUUCUCCCACUAACCACAAAUAUCCCUGACGCAUAUGCAAAUGGAAGUAGUGAAGAACAGGCAUUUAUCCAGAAUUUGGCACUGUUCUUCACUUCAUUUUUCAAGUUCCAUAUACGAGUCUUAGAAUCUGCACCCGAAAAUGUUUCCGCAUUACUCGCGGGUCUGGAAUAUCUUAUCAAUGUAUCGUAUGUUGAAGACACUGAAGUGUUCAAGGUUUGUUUGGACUAUUGGAACUCGUUGGUUUUGGAGUUGUUUGAUGCGCACCAUAAUGCUGACAAUCCAGCUGUAACUGCAAGCCUGAUGGGAUUGCAGAUGCCUUUCCUUCCUAAUAUGGCUGAUGGCCUUGGCUGUCAAGUCAUGCAGCGGAGGCAACUUUAUGCAGGCUCGAUGUCAAAGUUGAGAGGGCUCAUGAUUAGUCGUAUGGCUAAGCCUGAAGAAGUGCUUAUUGUUGAAGAUGAAAAUGGGAACAUUGUCCGUGAAACUAUGAAGGACAAUGAUGUUCUUGUCCAGUAUAAGAUCAUGCGGGAGACACUAAUCUAUCUGUCACACCUUGACCAUGAUGAUACUGAAAAACAGAUGUUGAGGAAGCUAAGCAAACAAUUAAGCGGGGAGGAAUGGACAUGGAACAAUCUGAACACGUUGUGCUGGGCUAUUGGAUCUAUUUCUGGCUCCAUGGCUGAAGAACAGGAAAACAGAUUUUUGGUGAUGGUUAUCCGCGAUUUGUUGAAUUUAUGUGAAAUCACCAAGGGUAAAGACAAUAAAGCUGUUAUUGCCAGCAAUAUAAUGUAUGUUGUUGGACAGUAUCCAAGAUUUUUAAGGGCCCACUGGAAGUUUCUGAAGACAGUUGUGAAUAAGUUGUUUGAAUUCAUGCAUGAGACACAUCCAGGUGUUCAGGAUAUGGCCUGCGAUACAUUCUUGAAAAUUGUUCAGAAGUGCAAGCGCAAGUUCGUUAUUGUGCAGGUCGGAGAAAGUGAACCAUUCGUGUCUGAACUUCUAUCAGGUCUUGCAACAACUGUUGCUGAUCUUGAGCCUCAUCAGAUUCACACCUUUUAUGAAGCUGUUGGUCAAAUGAUCCAAGCGGAAUCAGAUCCUCAAAAGAGGGAUGAAUACCUCCAAAGGUUGAUGGCUCUUCCGAACCAGAAAUGGACAGAAAUUAUAGGACAGGCACGGCAGAGUGUAGAUUUCCUCAAGGAUCAAGAUGUGAUACGUACUGUGCAAAAUAUUCUCCAGACAAAUACUAGUGUUGCCAAUUCACUGGGAACAUACUUUUUGUCGCAAAUUUCCUUGAUCUUCUUAGAUAUGCUGAAUGUAUACAGAAUGUACAGUGAGCUUGUAUCUAGCAGCAUUGCUGGUGGCGGCCCUUAUGCUUCAAGGACAUCUUUUGUUAAACUUCUAAGGUCUGUGAAGAGGGAAACCCUUAAACUGAUUGAAACAUUUUUAGACAAAGCUGAAGACCAGCCACACAUAGGAAAGCAAUUUGUGCCACCGAUGAUGGAUUCUGUUCUUGGUGACUAUGCAAGAAAUGUGCCUGAUGCUAGGGAAUCAGAAGUUCUCUCACUCUUUGCAACAAUAAUAAACAAGUACAAGGCUGCAAUGCUUGAUGAUGUGCCCCGCAUAUUUGAAGCUGUUUUUCAGUGCACGCUGGAGAUGAUAACUAAGAAUUUUGAAGAUUAUCCGGAGCACCGUCUCAAAUUUUUCUCAUUACUUCGUGCUAUUGCUACUUUCUGUUUCCCAGCCUUGAUACGGCUGUCAAGUCAGCAAUUGAAGCUAGUGACGGAUUCAAUCAUCUGGGCAUUUAGGCAUACCGAAAGAAAUAUCGCCGAAACUGGGCUUAAUCUUUUGCUUGAGAUGCUGAAGAACUUUCAGGCUUCUGAGUUCUGUAAUCAAUUCUACCGGACAUACUUUAUGCAAAUUGAGCAAGAAAUAUUUGCUGUUUUAACCGACACCUUCCAUAAGCCGGGAUUCAAAUUGCACGUCUUGGUGCUGCAGCAUCUUUUUUGCCUGGUCGAGAGUGGGUCUUUGACAGAACCUUUGUGGGAUGCUGCAACAGUACCUUAUCCAUACCCUAACAAUGCGGCUUUUGUUCGUGAAUAUACCAUAAAGCUCCUGAGCACAUCGUUUCCCAAUAUGACUGCGGCAGAGGUUACACAAUUUGUCAAUGGACUAUUUGAGUCAAGAAAUGACUUGUCUAUGUUUAAGAACAAUAUACGCGACUUCCUUGUACAGUCCAAAGAAUUUUCGGCACAGGAUAACAAAGACCUCUAUGCCGAGGAGGCUGCUGCUCAAAGGGAGAGGGAGCGGCAAAGAAUGCUCUCGAUCCCGGGGCUUAUUGCUCCUAAUGAAAUCCAAGACGAUAUGGACUCGUGAGGCGUAAAAAGCCAUAUAUGGCAAUGGAGCCUUCUCUAUUUGUUGAAUCGGAUGAUCGCUGAGUUCAAAAAAGCAAAACAGAAGGAAGAAAACUUAGGGUAUGAGCCUUUUUUUUCCCCUGAUUAUAUACCUCGGGUUUUAUGCGGAGCUUCCCUUUCGAUUUUGAGAACUGGAAAGCUUUGGAAGAGAAGAGGGCGUAGGGGCGAAGUAGUAGUAGUGGUGUUAUGUGUCGUUGGUAUGGAGGGUGAAUUUGAAGUAGAUUUUUCACAUUAGGGGGCUAAUGUAGGGAAUAUAUCUUUUGCAUCGUUAUGGGCAUAUAUAUACAUAUAUGUAUUUCUCAUUAGCUUGAUGUCUCUCUGCCCCGAGUGCUCUCUGUGUUUUCUUUCUUUUCCUCUUUUGGUGGGUGUGGGGGAUUCAGUGAUGUAUCGUGUCUUUUAGGUGCAAGACAUUAACCUUUUCCCAGGGAUUGUGCAGAUACUCCAAUUCUUGUUGACACUAAUACAAAGUCUCAUUUCAGUUGUUUUGAA